AUGGCUUCUGAAUCCGGCAAUUCCUUCUACGCUAUUAAUAUUACUUCUAAUAAGUUUAAUUCUUUAUUAUCUUAUUUAAAUAACUCUAGUCCUACUGUUAAUUAUAGAGGCUUAACUAAAUACUUAGUAUACCUAAAGAGAAUAUUAUUAGAUAAAUUAUCUUAUAAAGAUCAAGAAAAAGUAUUAAAAAAUAACUAUAGUAAUAUUAGAAAGCUGAAAAGAUUAGGGAAAAAAUUCCCUGUUAAUAGUUAUAAAACAAAAAUACCCCUCUUUACUAAUCUUUCUCUAGGGAAUAUUUAUUAUCAACUAUUAGAUAUUAAAGCCCUAUAUACUUCUAAAGAAAACCAAGUAGAUAAAUAA